CCUCCAAGAAACGCCCAAACUCUCAAAAUCAGUCGUCAGUCACAAGUCUGCUGCUACUGGUGGACGGCUGUGGUGGGCACUCCUACUGUAUUUUGGAACUCAAAAGCUUGAACGCGCAUAUUCCAACUGCACAGUGCUUUUGUCAAGGUGCCCUGAAAGCAGAGGGUACGCACUUACCGAUCUACAGUUUCCGCGGUACAGCGCUGAGAUUCACCAUUCCCCACAGAGGUCCACGAGAUGUCACAACCUAAUUCAUUACAUUAGUAGCAGAUUACCCUACACCUGACUUAUUGGCGCCGAUAUUUGUGUGCACGUGUGUUCCGUGUGGAACCAUCAGGAUGACUGUUUAGAAUAGUUUGAUCGCAUUUCGAAACAUAGGUUACCAGAAAAUUUUCUCGACGAGUCGGUCCGGGACAUCUCUUGCGGCAGUGCGUGUAGGUGCUUGAGACCGAGAAGCACCUGCUCUAGCCUGCAGGAGAUUAUGUGGGGGCGCUUUCUGACCUCUACUGCAUUUUGUCGGUUCUUGUGCAUUUCGCCGCUGAGAGGAUAGCCGUGUCCCGUUGAGGAUGCCUAACAGGCUGAAGACGCAGUCCUGAAGAUUGAUGGAGGGCCAUGCUAUUCAAACAGCAGGCGUUGCUGAGACAGAAGCUCUUUGUGCUGGGCAGCCUUGCUAUCGGGAGUCUCCUCUAUCUAGUGGCCAGGGUUGGGAGCUUGGAUAGGCUGCAGCCUAUUUGCCCCAUAGAGAGCAGACUGGGCCCUCCUCACCUGCCGGAGCAGAUCCCUCUCCGGACCCUGCAGUAUAAGCGUGGUCUGCUCCACGAGCUCCGCAAGGGCAAUGCCACCAAAGAGCAGAUCCGCCUGCACAACCUGGUUCAGCAGCUGCCCCGGGCCAUCAUUAUCGGGGUGCGCAAGGGGGGCACGCGCGCACUGCUGGAGAUGCUCAACCUGCACCCGGCGGUGGUCAAGGCCUCGCAGGAGAUCCACUUCUUUGACAACGACCAGAACUACGCCCGGGGCAUCGACUGGUACCGGGAGAAGAUGCCCUUCUCCUUCCCCCAUCAGAUCACCAUUGAGAAGAGCCCCGCCUACUUCAUCACAGAGGAGGUCCCCGAACGCAUCUUCAAGAUGAACUCCUCCAUCAAGCUGCUGAUCAUCGUGCGCGAGCCCACCACCAGAGCUGUGUCAGACUACACACAGGUGCUGGAGGGCAAGGAGCGCAAGAACAAGACCUACCACAAGUUUGAGAAGCUGGCCAUUGACGGAAACACGUGUGAGGUGAACACAAAGUAUAAGGCGGUACGGACCAGCAUUUACACCAAGCACUUGGAGCGCUGGCUGAAGUACUUCCCCGUGGAACAAUUCCACAUUGUGGACGGGGACCGUCUGAUCACGGACCCGUUGCCGGAGCUGCAGCUCGUCGAGCGCUUCCUCAACCUCCCGUCCAGGAUCAGCCACUAUAAUCUGUACUUCAAUGCCACCAGGGGAUUCUACUGCCUGCGAUUUAACAUUGUCUUCAACAAGUGCCUGGCAGGCAGCAAGGGGCGCAUCCACCCUGAGGUGGACCCUUCGGUCGUGGCCAAAUUGAGGAAGUUCUUCCACCCCUUCAAUCAGAAGUUUUAUCAGAUCACUGGCAGGACAUUCAACUGGCCCUGAGAAACGAAGGGAAGGUCUAUAUAAAUGUGUUAACUAAAGUUGUUCUGUUGACAUUUUCAAGAUGUCAACCUCAAAAAUAUUAAAGGAUAUUAAAAAGCACUUUGAUUGAAUUUAACACCUAUGAGAAUGACAAUGUGACCAAAUAUGUAACAGAAUCAAUGUAUGUUUGUUUGUAAAUAUGUAAGGGGGUCGGAGGAAAAAUGGUUUGUGAGUUACAAAACAAUUCAGUUUAAUGCGCCUGAUCUUCAUGUGUAAUAGUUCACCUGUUUUACACUUUUCCCCAUUUAUGAACUCAUCAUUUUGCCAUUAUCUCUCACAGGUUGACAUUUAUUGGGAUGAGUCUUGUCCUUGAGGCAGAACUGAACAAUUUCCGCUAGAUGGGCCAGUUGCAAAGUCAAAAUUUGCUAUAUUGUAAAAAAUUAUUUAUUUAAAGAUUAGGGUUAGCAGUAUGGUUAGGGUUAAGGUUAGGUUUAAAAUCUGAUUUUAUGGCUUUGUGGCUGUGGCAGCUAGUGACCACUCUGCAGAGCUGCCUCCAGAACAGGUUUCAUGACAAAAAACACUGACCUGUUCAUCUCUCAGCCAAUAUUGAAUGAAGGGUAUACUCUCAAAUGUGAGAUAGGCAUGAGAUUAUUUUAAGAACGAUGCGGCUUUUAAAAGAACACUUGUCAGUCAUCGACACACAUAUUUUACAGAUUGAAAAGCAUUCAUAAACCUAUAUGUGUGACAACGUUUCAUAUUAAAACAACCUUGACGAAGACGUAAGCCCACACGUCCUUACAAGUUCUGAAUGUGAUAAUCAUGCAUUUAUUUCCCUCUCAUUUAGAUGUUGUUUUAUAUGUGCAAUGAACAUUGUUUUUUUUUAAUGUAUUCCAGUAUCAUUCUUCAAACAUUAUUCCAGUAUCAUUCUUUAAACCUUUGUUUCUAUGUUGUUUUUAGGUUUAUUCGUGUUCUCCACUACCAUGAAGCGCUUGUGUCUGUAAUAUAACUCAGAAAUCUAGGAGAUUCUCAAGAGGGAAUAGGAACAUAGCAUUUCUCACCAAAUUCUGACUCAGAUAAAAACGUGGUCUUGUAUGUCAAGCAUUUAAAUGUUGCAAAAGGGAUUUGAGUGGUAACUUUGUCCCCGUCCCCCCCAGUAUUGAAAUUGUUUGUCAUUGCCCUUGGCCAAAAGCCAUUGUAUAAAGUUAUUUGUUAGUUCAUGUCAAAUCAUCUAAUGCUUAUUCUACUACAAUUACCAGAUUUGUCUUAUGUGCAAAUAGCCACUCUGUAUCAUAAGUGUAUUGUUCUGUAACAAAAAAAGGAUUUCAUUAAAAUAACAUUUAAACAUG